AUGCCUGGGGCGAAGCAGGAGGGAACGGACACGAAACAGCGGCAGUGUCUAGAGGAGCAGGAGGAGGAGGGGGUGGGUGAGGAGCUGAAAUGGCUUUGUUUUGUUUUGGUGACGGCACCAAGUUUACCUGCGGCGUCUUCACACUUGUCAACCCCGUCGGUUUCCGCACCUCUCUGCACCUCUGGGCGUUGUGCGCUGGUGGCGGCGGUGGCCAUCCUUGCGGCUGUGACUCCCCCUCAUAUUAUGAUUAUUGCUUCCGCCACUUUUUUUUUUUGUGGAUUUGAUUUCCGUGGUGCCCUUUACGGCAAGGACGCAGCGCGGGUGCGUGUGGAAAGGGAGUGA